AUGCAGGGCGAAACCGAGUUCAAGAUCUUUAGUGCUCAACACGACGUGUACCCAUUGAUUGACCCAAAGCCUCACUUCGCGACGCAGACGUACAAGGACAAGGUCGUCGUCAUCACCGGUGGAUCUACCGGUAUAGGUGCCGCCACAGCUCUGUUCUAUGCCAAGGCCGGAGCCAGAGUGGUCUUGAACGCACGGCGCUCAGAGAACCUCGAAGAGCGCAAGAAGGUCAUAGAGAGAGAGGUCCCAGGCGCCCAGCUUCUGCUCGUUGCGGGUGAUAUUGUUGACCCAGAUGUUGGCAAACGGAUUGUCAAGCUCGCUGUAGAGAAGUGGAGCAGACUCGAUAUCGUCAUAGCUAACUCGGCUGCCGCGAUGGGGGGCACGGGGAAGCUUGCUGACAGAGAUCCACUCAUCUGGUGGCGUACCCAGGAGGUCAAUGUUCUGGGUACCUUGAACAUUGUCCACCCUGCCAUCCCUGAGCUUCUUAAGUCAAAGGGUCAGAUCAUUGUGACCACCUCGAAUGCGUCGCAUAUACGUGUGCCCCCGAUGGCGGACUAUAGCAUCAGCAAGCACACCCUCAAUCGCUUCGUCGAGAUCCUAGCGCUCGACUAUCCCGAGCUUCCUGUUUAUGCCGUGCAUCCGGGCGAAAUAUGGACUUCUGCUGCGACCGAGUUCCUUGACAGCAUGGGCAUGAAAGACCUCGCGGAGAUGCCCGACACGGUUGAGCUUCCCGCGGCGACCUUCCUAUGGCUCACCGCUCGGAACGCCGAGUUCCUGAGUGGCCGAUAUGUGCAAGCAUCGUGGGAUCUCAACGAAGUCCUCGCGAAGAAGGAAGAGAUCGUGCGUGAUAACCUUUUGGUUACGAAGCUCGCGGGUCCCGCUCGGUCGGCUUGA